AUGCAGCUAGAGAAUAUUCUUCCCAGCGCAUCAACCAUCAACUUACCCAAGACUUUUUACAACCUCACAUCAUCAGAUAGUGCAAAUAAUAGCCCGGGGCCAUCGCAGAUCGAAUUUCAAGUUGACCGGACAGAAUCCGAACCAAGGAACGGUCCUAAUAAAUAUUUGAGCGGAGUGGGGGACGCCAUGAUGGGUGAGGGAGAGGGCGACGCCUUCACUGGGACUAAAGCUACCCCAGACGGAAGAAAAGGCUCACCGAUGGUCGGUGAGGAUGACCUGUCCACUGGCCGGCGGUACAACAUAGAUGAACUUGGCUCUGACAGAUAUUUCAUCCCGUCCUCUCAGACGAGCUCCGAUAUGGCAAACCCGUGUUCCCUCUUUCCAUACGCAGGACAAACGGGGACAGUGUACAGCGGGUCAAAUGGAUCCAGGUAUUCCUCCCUUCAUUACGGAUCGGUCUUGCCUCCGACGGGGUUUUCUUCCUCCGUGUGCACUAGCCGGAGUCAGUUUGGCAGCAGCUACCAGUUCGGCCAGGGUCCAGGAUGCCUGUACCCCUCCUAUCCGGGAACGGGCUCAUGUAUUGGUUCCAUGGCUCUCCCAGGGUCCACACCGGGAGCGAGAGCUCAAGUUUAUCUCUGCAACCGGCCCCUGUGGCUCAAGUUUCACCGAUUCCAGACCGAGAUGAUCAUCACGAAACAGGGCAGGCGGAUGUUUCCAUUUCUCAGUUUCAACAUCACUGGACUGAACUUGACGGCGCAUUAUAACGUGUUUGUUGAGGUCGUGUUGGCCGAUCCAAAUCACUGGCGAUUUCAAGGAGGAAAGUGGGUUACUUGUGGGAAAGCAGACAACAACAUGCAAGGUAACAAGAUGUAUGUUCAUCCUGAAUCCCCGAACACUGGAGCUCAUUGGAUGAGGCAAGAGAUCUCCUUCGGCAAACUGAAGCUGACCAACAACAAAGGGGCAAACAAUAACAACACACAGAUGAUUGUCUUGCAGUCUCUUCAUAAAUACCAGCCUCGGCUCCACAUCGUGGAGGUCACAGAAGAGGGAGUGGAGGACGUAGGCAGUGAGGCUAAGACACAGACUUUUACCUUCCCAGAGAACCAGUUCAUCGCAGUCACUGCCUACCAGAAUACAGACAUCACACAGCUUAAAAUCGACCACAACCCCUUUGCUAAAGGCUUCAGAGACAACUAUGACUCGAUGUAUACAGCCCCAGAGGGUGACAGGCUGACUCCCUCCCCGACAGCCUCCCCUCGCUCUCACCAGAUUGUGCCGGGUGCCCGCUAUGCCAUGCAGCCCUUCUUCCAGGACCAGUUUGUCAACAACCUGCCCCAGAACCGUUUCUACACCGGGGAGCGGGCUGUGCCCCAGACCAACAGUCUCCUCUCCCCCCAGGCCGAAGACGUCGGGGCCAGCUCGGCUCAGCGCUGGUUCGUCACCCCGGUCCAGCAGUCGGGCUCCAACAAGCUGGACCUGUCCUACGACCAGGACUACUCAGCCAGCAGUCUGCUGUCGUACGGCAUCAAACCCCUGCCCCUCCAGACCUCCCACGCCCUCAGCUACUACCCCGACUCGGCUUUCGCCUCAAUGGCGGCCAGCUGGGGCAACAGAAGCACUUACCAGAGAAAGAUGACCACAGGCCUGCCCUGGUCCCCUCGGCCCAGCCCCCCAGCCUUUACAGACGACCCACUGGCUGCUAGCAAAGACAAGCUGCCCGAGGAGAGCACCGCAGCCUCCACCUGGAUCGAGACCUCCCACUCGCUGAAAUCUGUGGACUCUAACGAUUCGGGCGUGUACUCCAUGGUCUGCAAGAGACGCCGGAUGUCACCUGGUGGGUCAAGCACAGAGAACUCACCCACCAUCAAGUGUGAGGACUUGACCACAGCGGAAGAGUUCAACAAAGACAACCCCAAAGGCAUGGGUUACUAUGCCUUCUACACAAGCCCCUAA